AUGUCAAGCUCAAAUUCAUCUGCAAAUCGUCAACAUUUAGCAUUAAAAAUCGAAUUAAGUGAAAAUAUUCUACAACGCGUCGGUGAUCGUCAUUGGGAUUUAUUUGAAACACGUUUAAAAAAUUCAUUAUCAAAAACUAAUAAAGAAAAUUAUACAAAACCAAAUGAUUACGGUAUAGUAGGCCCUUGGAAAAAGGCUGAUCCAUCUCAAGCGCCAAUUGAGCCUACUCAACGAUGGGAAACAUUUUGUUCAAAAUUAACAACAAAAUCAAAUGAAACCGGUCGUCUGGUGUCUAUAUUUCGUAAUAUUUGGAUUAAUAAUUGGAAUAGAACACAAAUAGAAGAGAAAACUAAUUCAAAUUUAAAUGAAAAUAAUUUUCUAAAACGAUUAUCAACGAAUGAACAUGAUAAAAAAAUUAUUUCUUCAAUACUUCAUCAAAAUAUUUAA